UAAGCAAUCGCGCAGAGAGUUUCAGUAUUCAUUUCGCCUAAUGACUUAGAUGAGCGAAAAUCUCCCUCGUCCUUCCCGUUCGCUCACUCCUUUCUGGCGCGAUAUGAAACGCUGCGUGCCUCGCGGCAUGCCUUCGCAAUAGCAAUAGGCAUACCGAGACGUAAGGAAGGACAUGUAUUUCUUAUCGAGCUCCUUCUCGUUGCGGUGGUGCGCGGCCCUGACACCCUGUGGGAAGGCUGCUCCGGCCGGAGGUGACGCGAUCGCGCCACGCCUGGAGUCGCCACCCGUAACAGGCCUCACGGUCACUGUCGAGGACAUCGGCCAUUUCUUCUAGGCCGUCGUGUGCCGAAGGACAUGGGAUCGUGGAUUCUCAUUGCUGCAACGUUUCUAUGGGGCUGCGCCGGGCUCGGAAGGUCUGGGCCCGACAAGCUUCCGCUGGGCUCAGCAGACUCUCUCAAGCACAGAGGAUCCGGAAGAUACUCCGGAGGCAGAUCCAACAGUAACUUGUACAUAGGCGCUAUUUUCACGCCCUACUCACGGGAGCAGCAGACAGCCUACGAGUACACCAUGUACGAGCACAACCGGGGUGACUCGAGGUUCAAGGUCAACUCCUCCACGGGCGUGGUUCUGAAUGACGACCCCUUCAACAUGACCCGAGAAGUGUGCCACCAGAUGAGCCGCGGCAUCAUCACCGUGGUGGCUCCGAACGUGGGCUCAUCGUACGAGACGCUGGUGUCGCUGUCGAACACGUUCCACAUGCCGUUCGUGAGCACCUCGUUCCCCGAGAUGGCCACCUACCGGCCGCCAUCGUUCGGGGUGUCGCUCAAGCCAAACUACAUACCGGCCAUACUGGACGUCAUCAGUCACUACAACUGGUCCUUCAUCAUCUACCUCUACGACUCGGACGACGGUCUGCUGAAGCUGCAGCAGAUAUUCCACAUGACGGCUAACAAAAAGCUGGAGGUUCGCGUGGUACGACGCUUCUUCAACGUGUCCGACGCCAACUCGUUCUUGCACCAGAUGGAGCUGAACGACCGAGAGUCCCGCAAGUACGUCGUCCUCGACAGCACCGCUGACGUGGCACGUGACAUCAUCAUCAACCACGUGCGUGACCUGUACACCGGAAGGAGAAACUUCCACUUCCUGCUCACAAGCCUCGUUAUGGACGAGUACUUCAACAACCAGAUCCUCGAACUCGGUGUGGUCAACGUCACCGGCUUCAGGAUUAUUCAGGUGAACAAAGACGAGUUCAAACAGUUCCACAAACCUUGGGAGAAGCUAGACCACAGCAAAUGGCCUGGAGCUGGAACGGCUCACGUGUCCGCGGACGUGGCACUGAUGCACGACGCCGCCAAAGUGAUACUGGAUACGUACAGCCGCUUGCUGAAAAACAAGUCAGACAUCUUCCGCAACAACUUCCGCAGAGGGGAGGUCUAUAACCGAGGUAUGAAGGGCAUCGACUGCCAGAGCUGGCCGGCAGUCACGUGGGAGCACGGCAAAACCAUUGCGGAAUUUCUGAGAGAGACGCACAUAACUGGCCUUACGGGAAACAUAUCAUUUGAUGAACAAGGAAAUCGAGUGAAUUUUACUAUUGACGUAGUUGAGAUGACGAUGAACAGUGAGAUGGUAAAGAUUGCAGAAUGGAGUGACUCGUCUGGUUUACAUCCGCAUCCACCAAAGUACAAACGAGUGAAGCAAGACAGUGAACUAGAAAAUAAAACAUACAUUGUGACUAGCAUUUUGGAGGAGCCAUAUUUGAUGUUCAAAAAGCCCGAACCAGGGCAAGUCCUAGUCGGGAACGACCAGUUUGAAGGGUACUGCAAGGACUUGGCCGACCUGAUCGCCGACCAAGUGAAAGUUAACUACAUCCUGAAGCUUGUGAACGACUCCAAGUACGGGGGUCGCGAUGUCAACUCUCCUGCCGGAUGGAAUGGGAUGGUCGGCGAACUUAUCCGCCAGGAGGCGGACAUUGCUAUCGCACCCCUGACUAUCACGUCAGCCCGGGAGCGGGUGAUCGACUUCACUAAGCCUUUUAUGUCGUUGGGAAUCAGCAUCAUGAUCAAGAAGCCCAUGAAGAUGAAGCCCGGAGUGUUCUCCUUCAUGAACCCGCUGUCGCGAGAGAUCUGGAUGUGCAUCAUAUUCGCCUACGUGGGCGUCUCUGUGGUGCUCUUCCUCGUCAGCCGGUUCUCGCCACACGAGUGGCGCUACGAGGAGACCUUCGUGGGGCCCUCGGUGUCCAACGACUUCUCGCUUUACAACAGUCUCUGGUUCUCCCUGGGAGCCUUCAUGCAACAGGGGUGCGACAUCUGCCCCAGAUCGGUGGCCGGUCGAAUCGUUGGCAGUGUGUGGUGGUUCUUCACGCUCAUAAUCAUAUCGAGCUACACUGCCAACCUGGCUGCCUUCUUGACCGUCGAGAGAAUGGUCACGCCCAUCAAUUCAGCCGACGACCUUGCCAAACAAACGGAGGUCGAGUACGGCACGCUCUCAUUCUCCUCUACCCAAGAGUUCUUCCGGCGCUCCAAAAUCGCCGUGUAUGCGCGGAUGUGGGAGUUCAUGAACACCCGCAAGCAUGUCUUCACCUCCACGUACGAAGAAGGGAUUCGGCGCGUGCGCGAGUCCAAGGGCAAGUACGCCUUCCUCAUGGAGUCCACCAAGAACGACUACAUCAACGAGAGACACCCCUGCGACACCAUGAAAGUGGGCAGGAACCUCGACGCCAAGGGAUAUGGCGUCGCUACGCCGCUUGGCUCGAAUCUAAGGGACCGGCUGAAUCUCGCCGUUCUCAGCAUGAAAGAAAACGGAGACCUUGCUCGUUUAGAAAACAAAUGGUGGUAUGAUCGCAGUGAAUGCCGAAGCGGCGACAGCAAGGAGUCCACUCAAAACGAGCUCACACUAAGCAACGUCGCUGGUUGCUUUUACAUCCUUAUCGGGGGACUCGUGCUGGCCAUGGUAGUGGCCUUGCUAGAGUUCUGCUACAAAUCUCGCAUGGAAGCGGCACGGUCGAAGAUGACGAUGUAUGAAGCUAUGAAGGCUAAAGUACGAAUGUCCAUCACAGGGACACAACAUGGCGAUCGUGGAAGGGUACGGCAAGGCUCUCUCUAGUUGGGUGCAACAGAUGUACAGCCCCACAUCAAAUAUGGUCGGACCUGAUCACGGUAUCCUGGAACACCAUGCUCUCGCCGGAGACAACACCCACACCCAGGUCUGACCACAGUUAUGCCUCACGCUCACACCCCCGUGAAAAAAGACUCCCAAGCACAGAAGACCAGACAUUCGCGUGAACUCUGUGUGACAAACAUUUCUGGACGAGGCCCGCGAGGUGGGACAGAGAUCGGUACGUCGGAGCUGGGCUCCGAGAAAGUAUCAGCUGUGUUUGUGCGUUCGUGGGCCGACUCCAAUGAUUCUGAAGACGUGUGGAAGUUUACAGAGUAUCUAUCAAGGUUUUUAUCAAGCUUCUCUUCACGCUGAGCCAAUCGACACAUUCACGUGCUUCUGUGCAAUGCUAUGUCGCUUCAGUUCGCCCAUGGGCACAAUUAUUGCCAGCAAGAUCCUUGUUUCUGAUAUUCAUCUAGUGUUUGAAGAGGCGCUGACUAGAAAAAAAAAAGGAAAGUUAGAAAAGUAAUAAUCAGUCACGGAAUUUCGAGUUGACGAUGACGGACGAGAGUUUUGUCGCUUCGAUUGUAAGUUUGAACGCUUUUCCGCAUAUAAUAACUUGCGACCUACGUUCCGCCAUUUUGUGAAGCUCAAACAAUGUUUUACUGAGCUUACCAAAAGCUGCUGUUAAAUCAGACUGAAAGAAUGCCCAGUCACAUUACGUUACCGGUGAUUUCGCGCCGCACGUUUUCUUCUGUACGAACGCGAGCUCGUUAAUAUUUUUUUCAAAUAAAGCCCCCAUUAUAUUUCUAGAGGGGCGAGUGAGUGACCUAACGUGUUCUUCGAGACAACUUCCUCCGCAACUGCCUGCGAACUUCGAUAGGUGUGAAAAACAGGCCUCACUCUUCUAGCACGGAUACAUCAUUUCAAAGCACAGAAAUGACGACUGGCCUGUACGACCUCUUUGUACGAGGACAAAUUUUAGACACAUUUUUCGAAGACCUCAACGAGUUCAAAGCACAGCUCUUUCGAAGACCGUAUAGAAAGAUGAUACGUGUUCGUUAUUACUCAAACUUCAACAUUUUUUCGUGAUUUCUUCCUGGUUAGUCCUUACCCAAACGUAGGAAAAAAAGAAAGGCACCUGAAUCAAAACAAACAACGUUAUCGUUAAAGCGCGUCGCACUAACUAAACAAGUGAAGAGCAUCAAUAAACGCGACUCAUACAUUUUUACAGGGACUUCUUUUAGCCUAGACGAAUGAUACAGAGUCUUCGUUUUAAAUCACACGGACUUAUAGAAAAAAAGCUGUUGACGUAUUGUAGAUAUAUCGUUACCCCUCUCCCCUCCUGAUUUCUCGGGAACUCUUAGUAGAAAGCUAGUUUUAUCACUUUGAUUUCUGACCAUUUUACCCUGUUUAGAGUGCAAUAAGCAAACCUCUUGAUAUUAUUUGGUGGAAUAGCAACUUAAGACAUUGUUGUUACAUCACGAUAUCGCAGAGCUUGUUCGCCUGCGUUUCCUCAUGAAAGCACAAAUACUUUCGUCAGUUAGACCGUGCGCUUGUAUAGUUGAUACGCUUGCGUAACUUUCAAGACAGACACGGUGCUAGUUAAGUUUAGAACCACCUGUUUUAUGUAUGGUGGCUUAAGUCACCUUUUAUGAUGUCCACAGUUGGGUGCUCACAAUGUGUAGCUGAUACUUUAAAUAAAAAACGACAGCUCAUUAAGCUACGAUAAUUACUGCUAAUAUCAUUUAGAGCUGAUGAACUCUUGUUCAUCUCUACCAUGAAAUUAGUAGCCGUGACAGAUCAUGACCCACUAAGACUAUCACGUUCUCCUAAAUUGAGAUUAUUGGCACUAUGGCUCGUAAGGCAUUCGUGGUUCAAACGGAAAAAGUACCAACAAAUUUGUGAACCACUUGUGCCUGUUUUAACCUUCGUAGUAUUUGUCCCGAAAAGAGUGGAGUGAGUGCAACGCAAUUUAUAUUUCAGCAUAUAUUAGGUGUUUUUGCGAGAAGGUUUUCGCGCUUGUAUAGUAUUUGCUGUUAAGUGCUUUCGGUGAGCUCUUUCGUUCUUAAAUAGGCUGCGUGUCUCUUAUGGAGGUUAAACAUCGUUUUAAACACAUUCCCAUAAAAUUCACAUCUAAUAAGAAAGAUAUCUAGGAAAAUAUUGCUGUGUACAAUAAAGUUUCUUUGUUCCUGUUUCGUA